AUGGCCAUAGGGCCUGUUCGAGUUCGAUUAUUUACUUCAGCAAAACGUUUGGCCCAGGUCUAUCCUAUUAAAUUAAUUUACGUUCUGUGCGGCACUGGAACUAUUAGGGCCGGAUUAAAGCCCAUUGAUACUUUUACCAAGGGGAUUGAGCCCUUAAAUGUAACUAUAUUGGGCUUGAUUGUGCAUAAAUUUAAUCAGAAAAGUGGGAUGUUUGGGUUCAAUAUUGGGCUUUUGAUGGGGCCUGAUGAGCCCAUAAGGGUAAUAGGGCUGAAUAUUGGGCUUUCUGGCCCAAAAAUUCAACCAGAUGGUGGGCCUGUCUUACAACACCAGACUGCGGCCAUUGCUAGACUUGGCAAUGUGUUGAAGCGAGAUUUCCGGGACAUGGAGAUUAUAAUGGCUGAAGAAAUCGAACUGGCAGAAGGUUAG